AUGGGGAGUCAACGGGGCGACAGCAGCAGUAGCAGCAGCAGCAGCGGCAGCUGCAGCAGCAGCAGCAGCAGCAGCAGUAGCAGCAGCACACCUCCGCACAUCGACACCGAUCUGUACAGCCGUCAGAUUGGCACCUUUGGAAUGGAAGCGAUGAGUAAAUUGGUGCAGCUUAAAGUCCUCAUCUCAGGCCUCAACGGACAAGGAGUUGAAUGCG